AGAGAUAAACUCAGUAAGAGUUGGAUGACUACCAAAAUAGUGAUCCCAAAGCCGUCCCACAAAUUGAUGUGUUUUUGGUUGAGUAUUACGGAGUGUUUGGGCAGAAUCGCACCGACUGUCAGAAAAUAUAUUUUCUUAUUAUAGCAUUUUUAGCUCUCAGUCCUCAAUAAAAUUUUGAUUUUAUAUCCAGACGUUUAGUAAUUUUAGUUAUCAAAAGUAAUUCAUAUCUCUUGUGAACCCAUUUUUUUGUACACUAAAUAUUAUAAAAAUAUUAAUAUUAACUCUUUUACUGUAAUACAACUAUUAUAACAAAAAUAUUCUUGUAGUUGAAAAUGGGUGACAUUGAACAAGAGAUCAAUUUGGAUGAAAUUACUGAUGAAAGCGUUUUGCAAAAUCUGCUCGACCAAACUGAGGAUAUCGACGACCGAAAGGCCAUUAGAGCCCGAAUUCAAGAGUUAAGGUCUGUUGAAAAAGCGCGAAGGGAAGAGAAAUUGAAUAAAUUGACGAAUAGUAGAGAAGAAAGACUUCAACAGAAACAGAAAGAGGCAAACGAUCAGAAAAUGAGAACAAUGGCUAUGUAUGACUCUAUGGCUAAGUCUUCACCCGCCGGUGGCAACAAAGUCAUGGAUAUUGGCAUUUAUAAGAACUUAGAUGCAACCCCUCCCGGAACACCUACCGGUUCACUAUCUGGAAUAAAAUCAAGUGAUUUAGUUGAGGAUGCAUUGCGUUCGAGACAAAGAGCGGCCGAAGAUAGAAAGAAGCGAAUGUUGGCCGCAUUCGAUGCGGCCGCGAGAUCGGGACCUGCGGGCAGUUUACGGGAAGUCAAUUUCGAUGCAUUUAAAAAAGCUGAUGUCUCUGAAUAUGAUCCCGAGUUUAAACCCGAUGGCGGCGCUACUUUUGGUAGCUCUGGUGGUGUGGCAAAGGUUUCAAAGGUCUCAUUAUCACAACCGGGAACUCCUUCAACUCCUGGAUUUCCCGGAGGAUUACAUUUUCCCAAAGUUGAUGCCGAACCGGAUGCCAUGGAACGGAUGAUUCGUGCCCGACAAGAGGAGGCCGAGGCCCGCAAGAAAAAAACUUUGGCCGCCUAUGACAUCGUUGCCAAACAGGGCGCAGGUCCAAAACUUGUUUGCUUAGAGGAGUUCAAAGAUAUUGACAUCAAGAAUCACAAUAUAGGGACAAACUAUUCAUCGUCUGCUGGAUUUACCGGAGGAAUCGCCAGAUCCUAAUCAGUCAAAAGUGUUGACCACAACAUCGAUAACAAAUUCAUGUUUCUAUUUAAAACAAAAACUACUGAUUACCGAAAAAAUGUCAAUUAUAUUAUAUUAUGACUGAUAUUUAUGAAUUAUUAUGCAAUAUAUUAAUAAUAACUUUAUUAUUAUG